CUAAGCAAAACAUUAUAUUUUUGUGAGUUGCCAACCUGUACGCAUGCCGGUAACUGCGCAGGGCAAGCUGCCAAUCCCAGCAGAGUCAGCAGCAGCAGCAACAGCAAUCGCAGCGGGCGAAUUCUGCACCCGACGGAUCCGCGUCGUCCGUGGAACUGUGCGUCCCAUCCUCGCUGGCCGACCAGCAACACCAACACCACCAACAGCAGCAGCAGCAUCAGGUGGACAUGAUCUGCGCCACAACCGGUGGCCUGCAGCCGGUCAUGCUCAACUCGGCUCCUUGCCCGCCCGCCACGUCGCCUUACAACCGAGGCCAGUGCGCUUCCCCGCCGACGCCUCCAACGACACCGCAGCACGUGGCAAUGGCCGCGGCUGCCACGGGUCGCUUCCUGGGCGCCACGACAGCGGCCACACUGGCUCACGACGCACUCAGCUCAGUGACGCAGACUGGGGGCAUCGACUGCGCGCCUCAGCUACGAGGUCACGAAGGUGGCGCCACCAGUCGUUCUCUGGCCACGUGCAAGUACGGCGGUGGCGUAGACGCCACGGGCACGGCCGCCCAGGCGUCAGCUCACGCCGUUGCCAUGACCACCGUCGACUCGUACGUCCACUUGGGGCUCAACCCGGCCGGUGGGGGACAGUACGGACCUUGUCCCGGACCCUGGAAUGCACACAGGUUUGCCGACCAGUUCGGCCAAGACCGGUUCCGGAUGGGCUCCUGCUUCGGCCGCGAAGACCACCCACUGGACGGCUCUGCCGGUUCCAUGGCUGCGGCGGCGGUCGACCGCUCGCACCCAGCCAACUCCGGCGCCAUGUCGACCAAUGCGGGCGUCGUGGACCACCACCACCUGUACCGAAACCACAACUACGGCACCGCGGCUGCUGCCGCGGCUGCGGCCGACUUCCGGAGGUCGGCGCCCGCCGGCUUCGUCGACGCCGACGGGUACUGUUCCACCCGCGGCGUUCUGGGUGUCCAGAACUGUCCGGUCUUCACGCACGUCGUGCAGACCACGGCCCAGGACCAAGGACUGUUCGGCACGGACGGAAGGUCGCAGAUGAUGGACGCUUCUUCCGGCGCUUGCGCGUACGGGACGGCACAGGCUCUGGCCGGACACUUCCUGUCGCCCCGAUAACGUCGUGAAAGAUGUGGGGUGCGUGUGUUUAAGUGCACAACCGCGUCAUGCACGAGUGAUGUGUUCUGAUCUGUGUGCAGUGAAAUGAGUUCGCGACGAACGCUUGCAGUCCUUACCAAGGGGAGGCGACGAUGUGCUGGAGUUCCGGACGGUCCGAACACCUGGACCAGAGUAGCCCUGGCGGAAGCCGACUGCGGCUUUUCUUCUACGGCGCGUAGCUCUUGAAGUGUUUCAGAAGACUUGAGUCGUGGUCGGAUGCAUGGUGAUAAACUAGGAGAGGACCCUGGCAUUAAAGAACGCCGCUUGAAGGCUAUCAGAGUGUCCCACUGUUUCAACUGAGGUGUACGCAGUGCAACAACUACGGCGGCAAGUGAACACCGGGAACGCCACCUGGACAAUGUCGUGCGGUGUGCCUUUUGGAAACUCGGCGUGCAGGUCGGUACCAUGGAUUUCAAACUGCGCUUGUCUCUACCUUCUACUUCGAGAAAGUUCGUUACGGCGUUCUGUAGUCGGCGCAAGGCAUCGGCUCUUCAAGUCCUUAUGACCUUUCAUCAGUAUAUCCUGCUUCCAGGUGAUGAAGUUUGGCGGCGGCUUGUAAUGGGCUUCAGCAAAGUCGUCCGGGAAUAACAUGCAACUCGACGUAAAAUGCAACGCCUUAGGACGUCGGCAGUAAAGUGCAGCAUUUCAGCCGCCUUAAGAAAUCUGGACAAUUGUGUUGAACAAUGACGGCGAGCAUGGACACGUGUUGAAGGCACCGUGAAGUGACAUUUACAAGUGCAUCGAGGGGCAGCAAUGUUGUUCUUUGAUGCUACGUAGAAUGCACAAAUUCAGACAGCUACGCAGCGCGCUGUAAACAAUUUCGAGAUGACGAUUUACUCCCGCAGUGUUCAAGGAAUCGCAUGAACGAUGUGUGCAGACGAGCAGAUCACCUACUUCAAGCUAAGCUUGGAUGGUGGGGUCAGACCUUACGGUUGACCAUAUAACAUUACUGUGUAUGUCGUUUACGAGUUUAACGUCAAGUCACAGUGCAGGUGUUCUCGCUGGAUGGUGGGCUAAUCAAGGAAACGCUGGACUCUACAUCUCCUCCGGUACCCUUAUAACGAAAAGUCUAUAAGACUCACAGCCCCUGUCACGUUUGCAAGCACAGUGAGUGGAGUCGUAUCACUAUGACAUAUAGCGCCCUGAGCCCAGCUUAUUUGACAGCUCACAGAAGGCUUCACCGGUAGUGCUUCUGCCCACGCGCGCUGCAUUUCCUUGCCGACAAUCUCACAAACGACUGUCUGUGCCUAUAGUGCGCCAAUAAUGAUAUACUGUUCCUCAGUAUUGUUCCUCUCUAGUAUCGACUACAAGCUUCUGUAAACUAGGAAUCUUGAGUUCCUGCCCACUGGGCAACUUCAAGCGACGCUCAGCGCCUUGUUCCCCCAUUAUUCUUCACUGAACGUUUCCGUUCAAACUGUGUGUCAGGGCUGGCCGCAAGUUUUGGCCGCAAGGAUGGCACAGUGAACUCGUCUUGCGUCUACUAUAGGUAGAUCUACAUUUGCGAGAAUGACGUAAGACUGUGCGGUGCGACGUAAUGGACACCCGAGAAACUUGCUACUGAGUGCCACAACGUGAGAAUGCUGUUUGCAAUCACAGUUCCUUCCCUAGUAUUGCGCGUAACGCUGCUGCCUGUGCCUGUGACGCGGUUGGUUACAUAUUGUUACAUGGAACGGUGUCUACUUUUAUCAAGCGUAUGAAACACGCUAUUUCAGUGGGUUCUGAAGUCCGUUGAGCGAAACAAUGGCUGCUGCGCAAACGAAGUUUGACUCAACGUGACCUUCCAAUGGUAUUGCCGCGUGCGAGAGAGGGAGGAGUUGUCGAGUGAUAACGCCGGAAGACGGGGACGAAGUGUCGUCGCAUUCGAAUGUUUACUCACUGCAAAUAAGUGUACAUAUGAUGCUCCGCAACCUUAGAGAAGAAAUCGGACCUCACUGUACUUACCUGUAAAUUUGAGAUUCCGAAAAUCUUCCUGAAGAAACUGUGCAUAAUCCCCGCACUGUGUUCAUGCUCCGAUGCAAACGCAAGCUUUUGGCAUGAGUGGUGGAGUAUCUCAUAAGCGCAGCCUAUCGGACGUCCAUGCUGCGACACACGUGAAUAGGACUGCGAUUGCUCUAUGCAAACGACGACUAUACAAGACACCUUACAACCAAGACGUAUCCCCACGUUUGCUAGCUGGUCAUGCACUGCCAAUGACUAAUCGUAACGCGUGCAGUCUGAUCUGUAUUCCGUGCCUUCUGAAUAGAUUAUAUCUUUCUGCAUGUGACCCUCGGCAGCCUUGACUUGGUCUAUGCACUGACUUCCGUUAUCAUACAAUGCUUAUCCGUGGAGUAACGGGCAAAGGGCAGUUGCGCUACGUUUGCGUAGACGUCUCGAAGUCAUUGUGAGGCAGAUUAGCAGUGACGGAUAUCAUCGGUUGACGUAAGCGCGGCCCACGUGACAUGGCGUGGUUCGUCGACGUGCACCCGUUCUCGCUACGUCUCGUUCGCUUCCGGGAAGGACAGCGAGCACAUUUUCUUUAACGCACAAAAGUAUGAACAGAAGAUUCCUGCAGAUUGAUAACUUUGAAAGACUCUGUGGUGUGCAACAUACGCUGAACGUUCUGUGAGCGACUCCGUACCGCGUUUUUGCUGUGCCGUCUGCUGAAACCAAAGAUUCACCUUAGAAUGUUGUUUUCGUUCCUUUUUUUUUAUUUCUUUUUUCUAGCGACAGCCUCCGUUACUGGACUAUUGUGAAGCACUGUUUACUGCGCAGCGGCGAUCUCUCCUUCUCUUUCCCUCCAAUAAACAGCGCCAUACGACAUCGCCACAGUUCAUUAAAGCCUUGGUGAAAUAUG